UGCCCUGGCACUUGGCGCACGCCGGCACGGGGACCCCAGCUUGGCCCCGCUUGGCUCAGCCACGCUUCUCGGUGCGUCCCCAGGUCAGCAGCGUGAGAGCGUAACGGUGGGUGCGGGGCUUGCUGUGGGGUAUCCCCGGCCAGGGAUCCCUGUGGGCUCCGGGCAGCGCUCCAGGCUCUGUUCCUUCCUUGCAGUCACUGGACGCCUCGCCGCGCCACACAGCCCUCCCCGGACGAGGGGACCCUGAUCGCCCGUGUGCCAUCACAUCCCCGGCCAUGCCCCAAGCUGGGGACAUCCCAUCCCGCAGCCCCCGGUGAGCGGGGAAGGAGCCCGAGCCUCCUCCAGGUCGGGUGACUCUGGUCUCCACCGGCCGCCAUGGAUUGGAAAACGCUGCAGGCGCUGCUCAGUGGGGUCAACAAGUACUCCACAGCCUUCGGCCGCAUCUGGCUCUCUGUGGUCUUCGUCUUCCGCGUGCUGGUCUACGUGGUGGCGGCCGAGCGUGUGUGGGGAGACGAGCAGAAAGACUUUGACUGCAACACACGGCAGCCAGGCUGCACCAACGUCUGCUACGACCACUUCUUCCCCAUCUCCCACAUUCGCCUCUGGGCCCUACAGCUGAUCUUUGUCACUUGCCCAUCCCUCCUGGUCAUCAUGCAUGUGGCCUACCGGGAGGACCGCGAAAAGAAGAAUCGGGAGAAGAAUGGGGAGAAUUGCCCUAAGCUCUACAGCAACACGGGCAAGAAGCAUGGUGGGCUGUGGUGGACCUACCUGCUCAGUCUCUUCUUCAAGCUUAUCAUAGAGAUCCUGUUCCUCUACCUCCUCCACAAGAUGUGGGACAGCUUCGACUUGCCAAGGCUGGUCAAGUGCUCCAACGUGGAGCCCUGCCCCAACACUGUAGACUGCUACAUCGCUCGGCCAACCGAGAAAAGAGUCUUCACCUAUUUCAUGGUCGGAGCCUCCUCCAUCUGCAUCGUCCUCACCGUCUGUGAGAUCUUCUACCUCAUCUUCAAGCGGGUUGUGCGGAGUGCGCGGAAGUGGAAGAAGUCCACCAAGCGCUCCGUCAGAUACAGCAAGGCCUCCACCUGCCAGUGCCACCUCAAGACGGAGGAGAAGGACAAGUCCCAGACUAGAGGAGAGGAGCUGUGAGCUCACGCAUCCCAGCUGGCUCGCUUUCCCUUGGCCCACCAGCUUUUCAAGCCUGCCAAGUCCCCCAACCCUCGAGAGUCAACCCGUGUGAAAAAUGACUAAACCCAACCAACUAAAGUCCCCCGAGAGAGGGCCAUAGGUGCCCGAGCAGAUGCAGGUAAGGUGAGGGCAGCCCCAGAGCUCUGCUGGCUGCACACAGCGGUGCCGCAGGGCUUGUACAUCACACCAACGCAGACGCCGUGCACGACUCUGCCGAGCAGCCAGCCCCGCCGCGGCAGCCAGCGCUGUCCGGCCUGGCAGCGAGCCCAGCCAAGAGCUGCAGGGAUGAAGCCAUCGAGCUGGGAGGGUACACGGGACUGGGGCUGGUGGGAGGGAGCAUGGGGGCUCCCGUGUCCAAACAGCUUCUCUUGGGUCCUCCAGCUCUGCUGCUCCCAUGCUGGGUGUGAAUGCACCGGUUGGUGCCCAGUCAGGGCUGGCAUCACCCAGCAUGGUGACAGUCGUCCUGGCUCCCUGUGCCUUGCACAUGCACAGUCCCAAGCACUGUUUCAUCUUCCUUUCCAAAGAAAUGCUGGGCUCAGUGCUGUGGCCAGACCCCUCUUCAUGCAGCCAAAGUAAUUACAGAGGAGCAGGGCUCCAGGCUGUUGCCAACUGCUUGGUUGGCCCAGUUUGCCAGUACUGGGGCAGGAGCAGCUUUCUGCCUUUGCUCAUGCAAGCACCGUGCCGGUGUCCUGCCUAAACGCCCUUGCUGGCUCUGCUGCUUCCCUCAGUGCCUUUGCAUCCCCCCUUGUCUUGGAUGGACAUCACGCACAGCACGAGCUACGGAUCCAAAAGGCCAAUAAACGCCAUGUUGUUUGUAGACACUGGGAUCUGCUCCGCACGCUGUAAAUCGGGGGGACUGGUGAGGGCAGAAGAAAUGGAUUUGCAGAGGUUCCCCAGGAUCCCUGGCCGGGUGCUCCUCACUCCCGCCCGAGCCGGGGCAGCACGGGUCGAGCCCCAGGGCCAGCGUGCCCAGCAUCCGCCCGCUCCACCUCCUCCUGCCUUGUCGCGCAUCGUUAAACUUUAAUUCACCAGAACCGCAUGCUGGCCCCCAAGGAAAUCAAGGAUGGAUCAGCAUCAA